CCCCUCCCUCCCCCGCUGCCUUCCUUCCUUCCCCUCGGCGUCCUCUGCCCGCUCCCGCUCAGUGGCCGGGCGAGCUUCGGCAGGUGAGCACGCCGGCGCCUCCUUCGUCCCGGAGAUGGAAGAGCCGCUGCAAACUUCGGGCGGCAGAGACGGAGCGUCGGGCUGAGGCGGGGAGAGGAGUCAAGCCCCUGCGAGGUGGGCGAGAAGGGAAGCAAAGGCACGGGAGAUCGGGGAAGAAUACGGCUUGUGUUUUGAAACUUAUCACACCUACAGAGAACAUGGGGCUGAUGGGAGGAUCCAAAACUAUGGAAAACCGGACAAGACUAACUAAAACGGACCUCUACUCCAGGCUGAACUUGCCACCAGGCUUCGAACAUCCCUACGAUGACCUGCUUGCUGACCCCAAGCGAGAUCUGAAGGAUAGCACCAAUUUGGUGGAGGUGCAGAUCGUCCUCAUCUGUGCCUACUGCGUCAUCAUUUUGCUUGGGCUAGUGGGCAACUCCUUGGUGAUCCACGUGGUGAUCAAGUUCAAGAGCAUGCGCACGGUGACCAACUUCUUCAUUGCCAACUUGGCCGUGGCCGAUCUGCUGGUGAACACGCUCUGCCUGCCGUUCACGUUAGUUUACACAUUGCUGGGAGAAUGGAAGCUGGGACCUGUGUUGUGCCACCUCGUGCCGUACGCCCAAGGCCUUGCCGUUCAGGUAUCCAUAGUGACAUUAACUGUGAUAGCCUUGGACCGGCACCGCUGCAUUGUGUAUCACCUGGAGAGCAAAAUCUCCAAGAGGAUCAGCUUCUUGAUCAUUGGGGUGGCCUGGGCUGUCAGUGCCAUCUUGGCCAGCCCUCUGGCUAUCUUCCGGGAGUAUUUCUCCAUUGAGCUCAACCAGGACUUCAAGAUGGUGGUCUGUGCUGAGGCCUGGCCCAGGGAAGGGCUGGUCAAUUACGGCACCAUCUACAGCGUCUUGAUGUUCCUGAUCCAAUAUGUCUUGCCUCUGGCCAUCAUCUCCUAUGCCUAUAUCCGUAUCUGGAGUAAGCUAAAGAACCACAUCAGUCCCGGGGCGGCGGGGGACCAUUACCACCAGAGGCGUCGGAAAACUACCAAGAUGCUGGUGUGUGUUGUGGUGGUGUUUGGGGUCUGCUGGCUGCCCUUCCACAUCUUUCAACUCGUCAGUGAUAUUGACAGCAACGUGUUGGAUUUGCAGGAAUACAAACUGAUCUACACACUCUUUCAUGUCAUUGCUAUGUGCUCCACUUUUGCCAAUCCACUCCUCUAUGGCUGGAUGAACAGCAACUACAGAACAGCUUUCCUGACUGCUUUCCGGUGCGAACAGCGGCUGGAUUCCAUCCACCCAGAGGUAUCGCCUGCACUGAAAGCCAAGAAAAAGCUGGAAGCCAAAGAGGAGCAUUGUGAUGGACCCCCGUUUUCGCAGCCUACAAGUGUCUAGUGGAUCAAACUAGAUGUGGCAGUGGGCAUACACAUACCCGUCUCUCUCUCUCUCUCUUUUUGCAGCUAACAGGUAUGGUGGUGAUAUGGAUUGGGACCAGGGGCAGAGGGGGAGAAAAGCCAUUUAAUCUUUUCCCUGUCCAAUCUUCCUGAUGGAAAUUGCUCC